GUCAGUUUCCUACAAGCGGCAUAGUCACCGAACCUGUCUACAAAGGGCCAGCUGUCGACACCACAGCGUGACCAUCACAUUCUCGUCUCCCGAUCGGAACUAUCACGAGCCGUAGACUCCCGGAAUACAGCCAUGGCGGACCAGGUUCUUGACCAGCUGCGAGAUGUCGUUGACGGCCAAAUUGACUUUGAAGGUCAGAAGAUCGCCGAGCUCCUUGCUACGGUUCUUCUCGUCAUUUCGGGCAUUCUCUCCUUCGUUGUCGGCUACGUCCUCCAGGAUAUCAAGCUCGCCGUCUACAUAGGGCUGGGCGGCACUGCCCUGACCUUCCUCCUCGCAGUACCCCCGUGGCCAUUCUACAACAAACACCCAGUCAAGUGGUUGCCAGCAGGUUACGCAUACGAUCUUGCGAGCAAGGGAAAUCAAUAAAUUGGCUGGCCUGCCUCUGGCACGGCUGUGUCAUCAUGUCUAAAACUAUCAAAGCUUGUCCAUACUCUGUUGGCAGUUCUUUUUCCCGGCCAAGUCUUUUCCUUGCCGUCGUUGAAUAUGAUGCUCGAAUGUGUC